AUCCGUGCCUCUUAAUUUCCGCGUGUUAUCGCAAUAUUGCCUUUGAUUUGAUUAUCGCUCUCAAAAGUUCGUAGAGUUCGUUGUUGAAGGCAUCUUGCGUUCCUUUGUCAUGGAAAAUUACUGACAACAUUUUUUUCCGUUUUCAUGAGUUUUACUAGUUUCGGUUAAUCAAGUGAAUAAUACAGUGCGUUACAAAUAUGAUAACAAAAAUGCAACCUCAAGCUAAUGUGGCAGUGCCACAAUCUGUCACGACGCAACCUCAACAAAUAGUCGGUGUUCCUGCAAAUGCCGUGAUCUUAAAAAUGUCGGAUAUACAACAAAUAUCUACUGUUGGACUGCUAGAAUUAGCACACCGAGAAUACCAGGCAGGAGACUAUGAUAGUGCAGAGUUGCAUUGCAUGCAGUUAUGGCGUCAAGAUGGCACCAACACUGGGGUUCUCUUAUUGCUGUCAUCAAUUCAUUUUCAAUGCCGUCGAUUGGAUAAAUCUGCUCACUUUUCAACUCUUGCCAUUAAACAGAAUCCUUUGUUGGCUGAAGCUUACAGUAACUUGGGUAAUGUAUACAAAGAGCGUGGCCAGUUACAAGAGGCGUUGGAGAACUAUAGGCAUGCGGUAAGGUUGAAGCCCGACUUUAUUGAUGGAUAUAUUAACCUGGCUGCGGCACUUGUGGCCGCUGGAGAUAUGGAGCAAGCUGUACAAGCUUAUGUCACAGCACUGCAGUAUAAUCCUGAACUUUACUGCGUUAGAAGCGACCUGGGCAAUUUGCUCAAGGCUCUGGGCCGGCUCGACGAGGCGAAGGCUUGUUACUUGAAGGCCAUCGAAACAAGGCCCGACUUUGCGGUGGCCUGGAGUAACUUGGGUUGCGUUUUUAACGCCCAAAGUGAAAUCUGGUUGGCAAUUCACCAUUUUGAAAAGGCCGUGGCUUUGGACCCGAAUUUCUUGGACGCUUAUAUCAAUCUGGGCAAUGUUCUCAAAGAAGCUAGAAUAUUUGACAGGGCCGUGGCGGCGUAUUUACGAGCUCUUAAUUUAUCGCCAAAUAAUGCCGUGGUUCAUGGAAACUUGGCGUGCGUAUAUUACGAACAGGGCUUGAUCGACUUGGCAGUCGACACCUAUAGAAGAGCCAUAGAACUGCAACCUAAUUUCCCGGAUGCAUAUUGUAACCUGGCUAAUGCUUUGAAAGAAAAAGGUCAAGUCGCCGACGCCGAGGACUGCUACAACACAGCGCUGCGCUUGUGUCCCACUCACGCUGAUUCACUCAAUAACUUAGCCAACAUCAAACGUGAACAAGGCUAUAUCGAAGAAGCUACACGUCUGUACUUAAAGGCUCUGGAAGUAUUCCCGGAAUUCGCCGCAGCUCAUAGUAACUUGGCCUCGGUACUGCAACAACAGGGCAAACUCAAUGAAGCGCUCAUGCAUUACAAGGAAGCGAUCAGGAUCCAGCCGACCUUCGCGGACGCCUACAGUAACAUGGGCAACACGCUCAAAGAAAUGCAAGACGUGGCCGGAGCUUUGCAAUGUUACACCCGAGCUAUACAAAUCAACCCCGCUUUCGCCGACGCGCACAGCAAUCUCGCCAGCAUUCACAAGGACUCCGGGAACAUUCCCGAAGCUAUACAAUCUUACAGAACCGCAUUGAAACUGAAGCCAGAUUUCCCCGAUGCGUAUUGCAACUUGGCACAUUGUCUACAAAUCGUGUGCGACUGGACCGAUUAUGAGGCGCGUAUGAAGAAACUCGUCAGCAUAGUAGCGGAACAGAUAGAUAAGAACAGGUUGCCUUCGGUGCACCCGCAUCACUCCAUGCUGUAUCCCUUGACGCACGAUUUCAGGAAGGCGAUCGCCGCGCGCCACGCCAACCUGUGUCUAGAAAAGGUUCAGAUCCUUCACAAAGCGCCGUACAAGUUCGGUCGCGAGCUGCAAGGCCGAUUACGUAUCGGCUACGUGAGCAGCGACUUCGGCAACCACCCGACAUCGCACUUGAUGCAGUCGGUGCCGGGUCUGCACGACCGCGCCAAGGUAGAGAUCUUCUGCUACGCGCUUAGCCCUGACGACGGCACCACUUUCCGCUCGAAGGUAGCCCGCGAGUCCGAGCACUUCGUCGACUUAUCUCAGGUGCCAUGCAACGGUAAGGCGGCAGACAAAAUCUACGCGGACGGAAUUCAUAUUUUGGUGAACAUGAAUGGUUACACUAAAGGUGCGCGGAAUGAAAUAUUCGCGUUGCGGCCCUCGCCGGUACAGGUCAUGUGGCUGGGUUACCCCGGCACCAGCGGCGCUAACUACAUGGAUUAUAUCAUCACCGAUGGCGUCACUUCUCCCUUGGAAUUGGCCAGUCAGUAUAGCGAAAAACUGGCCUACAUGCCUCACACGUUCUUCGUUGGCGAUCACAAACAAAUGUUCCCACAUUUACAAGAGAGACUUAUUCUGAGCGACAAAAUCAAAUCCCACAACAGCCUCGGAACUCUAGCUGACAACGUGGCAGUUAUCAAUGCGACAGAUCUGUCCCCAUUGGUUGAGAAUACCGAUAUCAAGGAGAUAAAGGAGGUGGUGCGAGCCGCCAGACCUUUGGAGAUAUCACUGAAAGUAGCUGAACUACCCACGACCACGCCUAUUGAAACUAUGAUUGCAUCAGGACAAAUACAGACAUCAGUUAAUGGAGUAAUUUUACAAAACGGAUUGGCAACAACACAGACAAACAACAAGGCUGCUACUGGUGAGGAGGUGCCCCAGUCUAUCGUGAUCACGACACGGCAGCAGUACGGCUUGCCUGAUGAUGCUGUAGUCUACUGCAACUUCAACCAGCUAUACAAGAUCGACCCCCUGACUCUACACAUGUGGGUGUACAUAUUGAAACACGUACCUAACAGUGUACUCUGGCUCUUGAGGUUCCCAGCAGUAGGUGAACCAAACUUGCAGUCAACUGCACAACAAUUAGGUCUGCCGCCGGGUCGUAUAAUAUUCUCAAACGUGGCGGCGAAGGAGGAGCACGUGCGGCGCGGCCAGCUCGCCGACGUGUGCCUCGACACGCCGCUCUGCAACGGACACACCACCAGCAUGGACAUUCUGUGGACCGGCACGCCCGUCGUCACGCUGCCCGGGGAGACGCUCGCCUCUAGAGUUGCAGCUUCACAACUAAAUACCCUCGGUUGUCCCGAACUCAUCGCAAGAACGAGACAGGAAUAUCAAGAUAUAGCUGUAAGAUUAGGCACAGAUAGAGAAUAUUUGAAAGCAAUCCGUGCGAAAGUAUGGACUGCGAGAACGGAGAGUCCUUUGUUUGAUUGUAAAGCGUAUGCGACCGGUCUCGAGAUGUUGUACGCGCGUAUGUGGGCAAAGUACGCACGCGGUGAGCGACCUGACCAUAUACAGGCUGUUGACAAAUAGAUCAACAGACCCGUCUUCAGGAAGCGUUGCCGGUGUUGACACACCCCAUACAGUGUUUGGAACAAACAGCAAGAUAUAAACCUCCGUGGAGUUUCCAGUAGUGUAAAGUGACUACAAAAAAAAGGUUUCAGCAAGUUCUUGCAGUAUGGGCUAGCAGUUUUGUUUCGCCAGACGCGUAUAGUGAAUAGUGUUAGUGUUUUAAUUUUUAGUUGUUAUUGUUUCAUUGGAUGGACCGAGGUAACUAACAAUGGUGUGAUAAACUGAAUUCAGUAUUGGAAGUGGAGUUUUGUGUUGCGAUGUAAUAGGCUUACAGUUCCUCUAGUCAAAUGCCGCGGAUUCGAGGUUAAUUCCUCGAGUUGUGUCGCGUGUGAGCCUAUUCCACUUAACGUGAAAAGUGUAAACGUAACCAGUGGCCUUUUAUUAUGGAAGUUUGCAAUAAUUAGAUUACUACUUAAAGGUUUUCAAGUGAUCUGUUCAUAACAAUGUUACUAGGCUUUUGUCCAUUUGACAAAGUUAUUUAGUAAUAGAUAUCAUUGCCGUCGUAUUUUCAUAUCUGUUUAAGGGAGCAUGUUUAUAAAAUCUGAAUAUCUGUUAAAGAAUAUACAUAACAAUAGCUUGUUCUUUGUUAUAGAUGCCAUUGUUAGAUGAGUUAUAGCACAGAUUAUAUAACAAUUACAGAUACAAAUGUUACUGGCACAUUUUAGUUUAUCUGAUUACACAUUUAAUCUUUUUCAACUAAGCUUUGUAAAUAUUGAAAGCGGUUAAUGUUAAUGAAACAUACCAAAAAUAUUUAUUACUCUUAAUUUUUUUGAUCAAUGUGAAACAAGACUGAACUUUGCACAACAAAAUGGCGUCGGUACACAACUUGGUAUGGCAACCAUAGUGUUGUGAGGAAUUAUCUAUUUUUGGUAUGGUCAACUUUAUUCUAUAAAAGCUAUUUCGAAUUGAUGUGAAUUUGCUUUAUUUUGUGUAACAUAAUGACGAAAUUUUUUUUAAUUAAAGAAAGACUUGUUGAGUAAUUUUAUUGACAUUUUUCUGUUUCAAAAUUGAUUUUCAUGUCAUUUAAAAUGUUAUUCAAUGAGAUAUUAUGCCAUGUUUACACCAUUUUUAAAUUAUGUUACAUUUUUUUUAAAUAAGAAUAUUUCUAUAGACUACAUUUCUAUUUGCAAUUGUUUAGUUCAAUAAAAUGUAAAUGGAAUUGAUUCCAAUUAAUAAAACACUUCGUUUUAAAAUUUGAGGAAAAAAUAUUGAUUAAGUUAUGGUUUUAAAUUUGUAAAUGCUUAGAAAAUUUUAGUUAUCUUAAGAUAUGUAGUUGCAUUACAUCAAACUAUAAAACCAAGUGAACUGUAUAUUGAGCAAUGGGUUAGAUUUUGCGAGUAAAUGAAUUCAAUUAAGCAAAGAUGUAAGAAAGGUUUAAUAAAAUGAGUGAGUGAAAUAAGCAAUGUAAUUUAUUUAGUGUAAUCAUUAAACAUGUGGAAUACUCUGAACCGGGUUCAAUUGAUCCGUUCACUUAGUAUGAGUUGUGGCUCGGCAACUAAAUAAGCCGUUCAUAAUUAAAUGUUAUGUUACUAUAACUAUGUGAGCUGAAAUGUCAUGAACUUUUCGAGCUCAUAUAUGUCGUACCUCUAGAUACAAAUUCAACUGAUCUGAGAACGAGUUGCAGAUCAUUUUUUAUGUGAUAAGCCAC